CCGGGCAUGGAGUACUUCAUGGUGCCCGCGCAGAAGGUGCCCUCGUUGCAGCACUUCAGGAAGUCCGAGAAGGAGGUGAUCGGCGGCCUCUGCAGCUUGGCCAACAUCCCUCUGACCCCGGAGACGCAGCGGGACCAGGAGCGGCGGAUACGCAGGGAGAUUGCCAACAGCAACGAGCGGCGGCGCAUGCAGAGCAUCAAUGCCGGCUUCCAGUCCCUAAAGACCCUCAUCCCGCACACGGAUGGGGAAAAGCUUAGCAAGGCAGCUAUCCUCCAGCAGACAGCAGAAUACAUCUUCUCUCUGGAGCAGGAGAAGACCCGGCUGUUGCAGCAGAACGCCCAACUCAAGCGGUUCAUCCAGGAGUUCAGCGGCUCCUCCCCGAAGCGGCGGAGGGCGGAGGACAAAGACGAGGGCAUCGGCUCCCCAGACAUCUGGGAGGAUGAGAAGGCCGAGGACUUGCGCCGGGAGAUGAUUGAGCUCCGCCAGCAGCUGGACAAGGAGCGCUCUGUCCGCAUGAUGCUGGAGGAGCAGGUGCGCUCGCUGGAGGCUCACCUGUACCCGGAGAAGCUGAAGGUGAUCGCUCAGCAGGUGCAGAUCCAGCAGCAGGAGCAGGUGCGGGAGCAGCAGAGCCACACCCAGCUCUUGCCCAUGCACGGCCCUCCAGCGCCCACCCACCACCCAACGGUGAUUGUGCCGGCCCCGCCACCCUCCCACCACGUCACUGUGGUCACCAUGGGCCCGUCCUCUGUGAUCAACACUAUCUCCACAUCCAGGCAGAAUCUGGAUACCAUCGUUCAGGCCAUCCAGCACAUCGAGGGGACGCAGGAGGAGGAGCAGCGGCGCGCCGUCAUCGUGACCCCCGUCCGGGCGAGCCUGGACAACUCCGACACAGCCUCCGACUCAGAAGCAGAGGACAGUGACGCCAUGGAUCACAGCAAGGCCGAGAUGCCCUGACACCGGCCUGGCACCGGGAGGCGGGCAGGGGGAGGAGAAGAGGGGACUUCAGAGGAGUAUGCUGAGAUUUUUACAAAAUACCAUGAAAUUCGGGUCUCUUUUAUGACCCUUCAAUACUGUACAUGGAAGCGCUAGAACCUGGGCAGCCGAAGGCUCACCGCUUCAGUUCAGAGCAAGCGGAGCAGUGGGGGCGGGGGGGGCAGAAGGGGGCAUUCUCCAGGGGCCUGUCUGGGCGUAGAGGUGGGACAGAUCUGGGACCCGUCACUCUGAGGUCACAAACACUUCCUGCAGGGUCCUAUGAAUUGCCUGCAGCCUUACACUCCAGUGUGGUUCUGAGCCCCAGCCGGUGCGUCCCUUGGAGACAUACUUUCAGGGCCUCUUCCCCCCCCCCCCCCCCCGUAGGUGAAUUGUUCAAAAGGUGCCACAAAGACAGCCUGCUUGGUGGUGGCCCCUCACGAGGGAGCUCUGGGCUCUCCUGCCUCAGUGUCAGUUCACAGGGACUGGGGGGGGGGGGCUGCUGUCAGACGUGUCCUGGUGUACCCUCCCCCAAGUGAACAAGGAGUGUGUUGUGGCCUUCCCCGCCCCCCUGGCUUCUUCUUGCCCCCCAGAGGCCUCUGCAGCGCAGUGAGACGACCGUUCUCAGGGGUCAGUUCAGGUUUUAGCCCUUUCCACCGUCUGGGAGGGGGUGUCCCGUAAAGAUCGCAGUGUCCUGGCAGGGGGGGGGUUAGGCCACGGUCAGCCAGCCUCACUCUUGGGCUCCUCCCCCUCUGGAUUGUUCCCUCCUUUUGAAGCACUUAAUCCUUUCUGUGGAUCCGACGGGUCGCGUGAGCCUUUCUGUUCUGUCAGCGCUGCGUUUCUGUGGUGUCCUCGUCCCCCCCAGCCCCCUCCCCUCCCCUCCCCCAGUUGGGCUGUAGAUCUAGGCCAGUGACGUCGUGAGCCGGGUGGUGUUGGUAGGUUCCUCCCCAGCCUCCACUGUUUCUCAGAACUUUCCUUCAUUUUGCUUUUUUUUUGAGGGGGGGGGCGGGGAGGGUUUGAUUUUUUUUUAUAAUUUUCAGUUCUUCGUGUUCAUUGAGAUGCUAUUAUAUUUUGUUAAAAAAGUGGGAAAAAAGAGGCUUGUGCCUUUGUAAAGAAGCAAAAUAAAGUUUGUACUUUGUUUUUUAA